AUGGAGACCGCUAGGCCACGCCCGGAGCUGCCGCAUGAGCUGGCGGUGGCCCACGACGAUCGGCACAGCUACAUGCAGCGCAUGCACUCGCUGGCAGGACCCGGUGCGUACAGCAUCCCGUCGACCUUCGAGCGGCCGACGCCCAACCUGCUGCUGCGCGUGGUGCAACGCGAGCAAUACGGCCGCGAGUUCUCCAGGUGCGCUAUCUGCACCCACCUCCGAGGUGCGCCUGCAUCAGCGGUGCUAACGGCGACCGCAUGCUUUUGCAGACAGAAGCGUCUCUCGACAGCAGGUUCCCCUGCGGCGGUGGAGUCUACGGCCGAGUACGUGGCCGCAGUCCAAGCGGACCUGCAUAAACGCCGCUCCGAGGUCUCCGUUUGCUGGAUGCACUAA